AAUAUUCGUGCGACGGUAGCCGCCUAUACAAUGUUACGAAAUUACAUAUUUUAGGAAUGAUUACAGAGCACGCAUAUUCAUUUGUAUGGGCUGCUAGCGUACGGGUCUCGGGUAUAUACAAGACCUUAGACGUAUAAUUUUCUUAUAUUUUGCACGUUCGCGAAUCAUUUGGCGUCUCUUCGAUAGAGCUUAUAAUUAUCGAGAGCCAUUCGUUGGGUAGGUAACAAAAAUAGAGACGUACACGACGAAAAAAAUACAUUGUAUGCUCGACAAUGUAUAUGUAAGUAAAUUAGAUAUGCUGAUGCGAAUAUUAUGUGUCCGAUUCGAUACACCCGCGCAUACGCCUGUAUACACCUUUAUGAAAAUAAUAAAGGAUGUGAUAUGCGAAAAUGCGAAACAAAGAAAGAAAACACGUGUAUAAUAUAUUACAUGCGAUGCCGAGAUAGAUAACACUAUGGCUAAUGCAUUAUACUUAUCGUUUUAUACUUCAACAAUAAUAUAUCCAGAUAGUACAUUACGACACGUAUCACAAAGAGCGAGGUAUCUAAUCAAUUGAUUUUAGAAAUUCACAAGAUUCUAGAGAACACCUUAGAAGUUUGUAAUGUAUCGUGUCUAGAACCAUCCGAAUAAUUAACGCUGAACGGCGCCGUUCACUAUUAUCUUAGCUCCAAGUUAUUACACUGGUGCACACAUCGCAUUACAUAAAUUACAUACCUUCACAAAGUCUUGCAAACGCAUUAAAUUAAUUAUAACAAAGGCACGUUUAAAGUAUUGAUUUCAUUUUCUAUCGCAGAUCUGGUAAUGCUGUACCGGUACAUUUCCACUAACGUUUCUAUGUACACACAUACACUUCUCCUUGGGCGACCAUGAACCCGAAUUUUUCGGAAAGUGCAGUCAAUGACAAUAUAAGACAAAGUAAAAAGUAAUGCAUACUAUACGUUUACCUUUUACUAUUCUUAAAUAUAUUGGCAUUUGGAAACCAAAUAGUUGGAAGUCGACGUGGAAGGGUUACCAAUACGACUGUUGGUCUUUAGCAGUAAUGAUGAUAAUGUAUUCUUUUGUAGCCACAGAGCUAAUUGCAGUUGUCAAAUUAAUUUCUGAUCAUUAUGAUGAAAUUUCGGACACAUUGUUUCUGUUGCUUACUACUGCUGGUGUUUCUAUUAAAUCCAUGAAUUUUUUGGCAAACAGAGAUAAUAUGGCUCAUCUGGGAGAUAUGCUACUGAAAAGCUGCUGCAUUCCGAAAAACUUGAAUGAAUUGAAGAUUCAAAAAAAGUUCGAUGACGUCAACAGAUUCGUUACACUGAUGUGCAUAACUAUGGUAUACGGAAAUAUUAUGACAAUGAUGACAAUACCAUUACUGCAAUCAAAGGAACAUCGCAAUUUACCUUUUAAAACUUGGUUGCCCUAUGAUACGAGAAGCAACAGCUUAAAUUACUGGUUGUCCUACCUUCAUCAAGGUUUAGGAUUAGCUUGCUGUGGAACAAUGGGUGUCAUGAUUGUCAAUAUCAUUACUGGUUUUAUGCAGCAGGCUUGCGCCCAAUUCGAGAUCUUGGAUUCGCGUUGGAGAAAUUUGCCUAAAAUCGUUGAGAUAGCAAGAUCUAGAUGGUCUGAUAGUGCAGCUGAUGAACACGAAAACAUAAUGCUGAGCCAAUACAUCAGGCAUCAUAUUCAUGUAUAUGAGUAUAUGAAUGAAUUUGUAAAGACCUUCAACAUUAUAAUUCUGGUACAAUUCUGUGUAAGUUCCGUUGUUAUCACAAUAAGUGUUUAUCAAAUGUCUAUAAAGAGUCUGGGUUUGGAAUGGUUCAUGGUUUUUGGCUACGCAGUGAGCAUGUUAACGGAAUUCUUUUUGUACUGUUGGUUUGGAAACGAAGUGACGUUAAAAAGCAUGGAUUUUGCUUUGAAAAUCUAUGAUACAGAGUGGAAUUUAUUAAACAUAAAAUCUUGGAAAUUAAUUUUAUUUGUAACACAUCGUACUAGGAAGCCCAUUGUUGUACGCUGCUACAAUUACAUUGUAUUAUCUCUAGACACUUAUGUUAAUAUUAUAAGGCUUUCUUAUUCAGCAUUUAAUCUAAUAAGAAGUUCGGCUGGAACUUGAUGCUAGUUUCAUCUUGUUAGACGAUUUUAACAUGUAAUAUUAAUAAUAAAACAAGAAGAUAUUUUUUGUCCAGAAUUAUAGUAUUUGUCUCGGGUACUUAUUUCUACGUUUACGUACCUGAAUCGCUUUAUCUAGACUACGUUAAUCUGAGAGUAGAUAAUUGAUAAUUUAUGUAUAACGAAGAUAAUAUCGGCUAGUGCGUAUAUGAUGGUAAUAGCAUGCAAAAUAAGAAUUAUUUAUAAUUAUGAAUAGAUCUGAAUCGUUGGCGCAGAUAGGACUUGCGAAUCACUUCACUUCAUACAUAUAAGAGGAACACUGAACACUCCGCUCUUUCUGCCUACUUCGGGGACAACGCUAUAUCAUCAGUAUUAAAUCCUUUCGUUGUACAUAUAUACGUGAAAUAUUAUAUUAGCAAAGUUAUAUAUAUUUGCACAUCCAAUGUUGUAUAUUGGGGCUGUUACGAUAUGAUAGAAACUAGUUUUCAAUUCGAUCUCGCUACAAUGUGGAGUUCGGAAAGUGAAAAAGAAACGUUUCAGAAUGAAUCACUUGACAUAGAAGAUGUAAAAUCUGUUGAUACAAGUUUUCAACAAGAUCAAGAAAUAAACGAAGAUGAUAGCCUUCCCGGAAAAUCAAGAAGUAAAUAUUAUGCCGCUUACAAUAUCUUUUCAAAUUGGUUGAAAGAAAACGAGGCAACUAUAUCUGAAGAAACUAUGUUAGUCUAUUUUGAUAAAUAUAUGAAGAAAUACAAGCCCUCAAGUGUUUGGGCGCACUAUUCCAUGAUU